GCGAGCAUCCACAUCAUUCCAUGGAAAUGCUGUUGCCCCCGCUUGCUCCUCCUCCUUGCUUUACCUCUAGAAAUGUGCACUAAAAAAACAAGUGGGUUCAGACCGACUCCUUCGGCGUUUGGAUAGAUGACUAGCUGAACGUGGGCUGGGUGCCAGUUAGUAUGACCACGGUGCGCACUGACUGUUUAAUGAAAGCCCCUAAAGAACACAUUACACAGUGUUUCUUGAGAGAGCCAGCUAGCCCUACAGUGAUUGCAAUCAAUAAAAACACUCUGCAAGGGGCCCAGAGGGGGAGAAACAGAUUGAGAGAGGGAGAGAUCUCUGUUAGAGCUCUACUCAGAUCUCCUGCCACUCUAUCUGCCCUUCCCCCUCUGACCAGAAAACAAGUGAAACUUUGGAAAUCAGAAGGACAAACUGGUCUCCUUUUCAAAGCGGCAGCACAGCUCCGAGCUCUCCCAACUUCCAGCUUCGUAAUAGCUCCAUCAAUCCCAGGAGCACGGCACAGAAUAUCUGGUUUGUUUUCAUCCUUAACAGCCUGAGGAAGACAAGUGCAGCAGCGUCUACAAAAAAAGGGCUCUUGUAUUUGCCUAAAACUGGGAUUUUUAAACAAAAAAAAACAAAAACCAUGGCAUUGGAUCCAGCAAAAUGAUCACAGGAUGGGUGAUAUCUGUACUUUUAGAGCAACAAGGUACCUGCUAUUAUUAAGGCGACGUACAGUGUCACGAAACAAGCUACAUGUAUUAGAAGCCAGCAUUUAAGAGCUCAGCUGGUGACCAGCUAAAAAGUCGGAGAUUGGUGUCACUAUGUGGAGCUGCGAAGAUUUUAAUUACACCGACAACACUGAAGACCAGCAAUUGUGUCAUGACUUCCACCUUGUACUGUUUGUCUUCUCCCUGUUCUACCUCAUUAUCUGUUUCCCAACUGGUCUAUGCUACAACGUGCAGCUUGUUCUGGUUAAUCUCUAUAACAAAGCAACUAUGACUAUGCCAGACGUCUACUUUGUCAACAUGGCCAUCGCUGGACUGAUCAUCAACGCAGUGGCCCCAGUCUACUUUUUGGGACCAGCCUACACAAAGUGGUCCCUGUUGAAUUUUGGAAAUGAAGUUUACAUAACACUGCUUAUCCUCUUCAACGUGUCCUCUUUGGUGAUCAUGUACUCAACUACUUUACUCAGCCUGGAUUAUUAUAUUGAGUGUGCCCUGCCACGGACAUACAUGUCAAGCGUCUACAACACCAAACACGUGUGUGGGUUUGUUUGGGGAGGAGCUGUGUUGACAAGCUUCUCUUCCCUACUCUUCUACAUCUGCAAUCACGUCUCCACUAAAAUCAUAGAAUGCUCCAAGAUGCAGAACAGGGAAGCUGCAGAUGCCAUCAUGGUCCUUAUUGGGUACGUGGUACCGGUCCUGGCUGUGACGUACGCCCUAGUUCUCAUUUUGCAGAUAAGGAAAGAGGCUACGCCACUUGACCAGGACACGGGGAGAUUGGACCCAUCAGUUCACCGCCUUUUAAUUGCCACUGUAUGCACACAGUUUUUAUUAUGGACGCCAUAUUACGUCACACUUAUGGUGAAAACUUUUACAAAUGUAAAGUCGAAUGAUCUCAUAUACAUAAGGACUUUCAACUUUAUUGAGGGACUGGCCAACUUCUUGGCUUUCUCGAGCAGCUGUGUCAUACCCUUAUUACACAGGAACAUUAACAAAAACUUUCACAGCAAACUACAAAGGUUGCUUAAAAAACUGCACUGUGGCAACCAAGGAUGUUCCCAGGAGAGCACUGUAGUCCGACAGGUGAUGACUUAAAACGAAGGCACUUAAAAAGUUUGUUGAACUGAAGUCUAACCUUUAAUUCUAUAACUCGAUAUUGUGUAGCUGCUACUGUUUCUGGGCUUUAUAGUCAGCCGCACAGAAAAAUAUCAUGCUGCGUGCCAUUUAAUAUACUGCGAGAAAUAAGACUAGCCGGAAAGAUUGCUAAUCCACUUACAUGCACGAACUUUGUUAGCCACUGUGUUAAAUGGAACCUCAAAUGUGAUCAUGGAUAAAAAUGAUAACAUGCCCGUUGGAAUCAGUCUAAUGUUAAAGAGGAGUGAUGUAUUUAACUUAAGUUACUAUUUAACUAAUGAAUAUAUUUCUGUGUUGAGAAAGAUCCUCUGUCAACAAUAAAAAAAAAAUAUCCAAAUAUUAAAGGCAAAAGAUAAAACAGAAGUUCUGCCCGGAAUCCUUUUGCCAGUUUGACAGAUAUCUUAGUCCAAAAAUAGAGGGGUGCUCGUUACUGCUGGCGUACCAGUUUUGUGUAAAUAACUACAAAGCACUUUGAUAUAUGAAAUAUUUAUAUUUUAACUUCUGAGCGACACAGUGUGAAUUUGGUUACUCGAAACAUCCUGCAUUUAGUAAUUUGCCAAAAUGACUACUAGAACCGUAAGGAGAUAGGUUGAAAAAAAAAUAUGAGUGAGUAACGAAGUAGGAGGUUGUCUUGUACAGUUUAUAGGACCAGAGCCUUAAAGUUUGAAGGAUUCAUUGUGAUAUCAAUAAGAUUGUGAUAUUGUGUUAUCAAUAGUUUUACAUUUUCUUUAAUGACAGAAAAAUACCAUAGAAUUUCCCUUGGUGGUCAAGAUCUCA